ACUUUAUACAAAUCGACCGCUAUCUCCGGAAAGCCUCUCGCUCCCCCCGAACCCUAGCCGAAGUCACCUACAUCAGACAUGGCCCCGAAGCGCGCCGCCACUGCCAAACCGGAGUCUUCCACUUCUGGUUCCGACGAUGAGUCCGCUUCCGGCACCGGUUCUUCCUCCUCUGAGGAAGAAGAACCUCAGCGAAAGGAAGAGGUGCGUCCCCCGUCGCCUUCUCAUAAGAAAAAUCCAGUUGUGCCCCCUGUUCCAUCCAGCGACGAGGAAGAGGAAGAUGGAAGUGACGAGGAAGAGGAGGGAGAUGGAAGCGAAGAGGAAGAGGAAGACGAUUCUGGAGACGAAGAUCCCAAGUCCAGUGGUCUUCAGACGACUAAAGGACCGCCGCCCCCUCCACGGGAGACGCUGCCCAAACCCACUUCUGAUGAGUCAUCGGAUGGCUCCGGCUCUGAUUCUGAAUCAUCCGAUGAGUCGCCGCCUACUGUCCCGGCCCCUCGUCCUUCUCGUGCCGCUGAACCGUCCAUUAAGCCCAUAACAACCAAGCCUAUGGAUGCCCCCUCCAACCCAGUCAAUCAGGUUAGCCCUUCUCCGUCACUGGAUCAAGGAUCCCUCAAAAGGAAGCGCGAAUCUGUGGGGAGCCCCCAGUCGGGACAGAAGCGCCAAUCUUUUCAAAGACUGUGGGGCUUAGAUGAUGAAUUGAUCUUGCUUAAUGGUCUGGCAGAGUUCCGCAGUAAGAAUGGUUAUGCUCCUUCCUCCAACCACGAGAUGGAAGUUAUCCGUGAGCUCAUUAAAGAUUCAUUCCGGUUGGUGGUAAGUGAUAGUCAGCUUAAUGACAAGAUCAGAAGGCUUAAAAAAAAGUUUCAGACAAAUGCCGCCCGUGCCAAGAAUGGUGUAGACCCAGUACUUUCCAAUGCCCACGAGCAGGAGGCAUACGCCAUCUCUAAGAAAGUGUGGGGGAGUGAGAAGUUCACCUCUGUGAAUGGGAAUGAUAAUGUUAGCGCUAAUUCUGAAAGUGAGGGCAAUGAAGAAGAAAGGGGGAAUGAGAUCGGUCAGAAAUCAAAGGAUGAUGCAAAUUACGCCGUGAAUGGGGGUAUUGUGAAGGCUCACUAUCCAUUCUUAUGGGAGACAGCCAACAAAAUGGCAGAUGAGCUUCCAUGUGGGGUGGGCAUCAAGAUGGCUCUAGAGAUGUUGGAUAAUGCUAAAGCAAAAGCAUUGGAGGACAAGUUAGAAAAAUUGAUAAUGAGUAAGACAAGAAUGCACAUGCGAAGAAUUAAUCUGAGUAAAGAGACAGUGAAGUUGCUUCUUGAUUCUGUAGCCAAAUCAGAAUGAAUUACUUCAAAAUUGGGGUGCUGCCCCAUGGCUUUAACGUUCAGUAGAGUAUAUUAUUUUCAAUACUUUAAUUUUAUUUUUCAUGUGCAACUGUUCGAUGGGGAAAACUAGAAACUUUGAUAGCUAGCAAAAAAUUUAGAAUUCAACCCCUUUAUGCUGCAAGAAAUGUAUGCCUGCCUUAGGUUUUUGAAAGUUAUUUAACCUACAAACUCAUGGUUAACUAGCUUUGGUUGUAUUCUAUUUUAGCUAUUGCAUCUCUUUUGAAAUGAUGAUCA